GAAACACUUCUCAAAGGAAGGAAAGGAAACUACAUUCAAAUUCAUGGACCAUGUUUGUGAUUUUAAAAAGGAAGUGCUUUGCUGUUAGAAUUGGAAAGUAAUUCCUUGAAUAUCGAUCAGAGGAUGAAAUUAAAACAAUUGGAGGGACUUCUGCAAAAUUUUGAUGUGUUUGAGAAACCCAAAGUUCAUCUGGAACAGUACCCAACAACACCUCAUAUUGCUUCACACAUGUUAUAUACCAUUGACCAAACAUUUGAUGACAUUCAAGGGGGCACUGUUGCUGACCUUGGCUGUGGCUGUGGUAUUCUAAGUGUAGGUGCAGCAAUUCUUGGCAGUGACUAUGUUGUAGGUUUUGAUAUAGAUGCGGAUGCUUUGGAAGUUGCAAAGAAGAAUUUGGAAGAAUGUGAUGUUGAUGUAGUGGAGUUUAUUCAAUGUAAUGUUGCUGAUAUUAAUUCAGCGAUGAUGAGAAAUGGCUUCUUUGAUACAGUUAUUAUGAAUCCACCGUUUGGUACCAAAAAUAAUGCUGGUAUUGAUGUGAUGUUCUUAGAGAAAGCAAUACAUAUGGCAAACCAAACAGUGUAUUCAUUACACAAAACCUCAACCAGACAUCACAUAGACAAAAAAGCAAAACAAAACAAUGUAGAUAUGGAAGUGGUUGCUGAACUUAAAUUUAACUUGGAUGCCUCUCUCAAGUUUCAUCGACGUAAAUCAGUGGAUAUUGAAGUUGAUUUUAUAAGAUUUGAUGUUAGUGGAAGGUAACUCGCAAUUAUUUAAAAAAAAUAUGGCAACUGUGAAUUAACAGUCAGUCAUCUUUUUUUGCGAAUUUCCCGCUUCUCUCCAAUCUCAAUUCAACCUCUAAAGUUCAUACACAUAAAAUUUAAAUGUUUUGUAAUUAAAUGGAAUUCAAUCGGAAUGUCUUAUAAAAAAGAAUCUUCUUGAAUUACCAUAACUUUGCUGUUCAAUUAUUAAUUUGUUCGGUAUUGUAACCGGGUUAUUGUAAUCAAAUUCUUAGAAGAAAGUGCAUGGCCAACGAAACGUUUUUAAAAAAGCUAAAAGUGAUGACACAUUUAGAAUACAGUAACGCGAGAGGUCAAGACGAAACGUCACUGUCUUUUCAAUAAAUAUGCCCAUAAACAAUGCUGUGGUAGUUAUGCACUCAGUCUUUUUGUCUGGUCAAUAAAUUGCAUAUUAUUGAAUAAAAGAGGAGUGUGGCCUUCUAUAAAUAGAACGGACAUGACAGACAGCCUUUGCUGAGAAUGAGUAGCCGUAUGUUAACAACUAAAGGCUGUAACAGACUUUGAUCGGUGUACAUAAGAAUU